UUUUUAACCUCAAAUUAAAUUUAUCCAAGUUUACCGUCAAUGCAAAAAAAUACAAAUUAUUAAUUUGUUUAUAUUAUACUAUAUCAAAUAAAAGCGCAAUGGAUUCUGGAGAUAUUAUUACUGAAGAAGAAUUAUUAAAAAAACAUAAAUUAGAAAAAAAAGAACUACAGGCUAAAAUACAGUCAUUAAAAAAGAGUAUUCCAAAAGGCGAUAAAAAAAAGAAAAAGGAAAUUACUGAAGAAAUAGCAAAACUUGAAUUAGAGUUAGACCAAAAGCACAAUAAAGAACUUAGUGAAAAUAACUUUUCUACCGAACCUUUAAACAGUAGUACAGAGAAUGGUGAAGAAAACGAAAUUGUUGAAGAUCAAGAAGUGGAUACUGUAGCUAAUAAUACUCGUGUAUCUAGAGCUCAAAAACGGAGGAACAAAAAAGAAUUUGAAGCAAAAGAAAGAGAGAAACGAAUUCUGGAACAAGCUGAAAAAAAUAAAGAGGGGCCAAGACAUUUGGAAAUUAAUGCAAUUAAACAAGCUCUCAAACCUAUGAAUUUAAAACUACACAAUAUUCCUGCAGAUGGAAAUUGUCUCUAUCUAGCUGUUAAUCAUCAGCUACAAGUUACUGGUAGACCUACCAGAUCUGUUAAUGAUUUAAGGAAGUUGACUGCAGAAUUCAUGAGAAAAAAUAAAGACGACUUUCUACCAUUCAUGUGCAACGAAUUAGAUGAAUCUGAAGUAGUUAGUGAAGAACAGUUUGAAAAUUAUUGCAGAGAUGUUGCUACAACUAAGUUAUGGGGUGGACAACUUGAAUUAAGAGCUUUGUCAAACAUUCUAACAUGUCCCAUUAAAGUUAUUCAAGCUGCUGGACCUCCAACCGUUCAAGGUGAACAAUUUAAGGCCCCACAAUUAAUUUUAACAUACCAUAGAUAUUUAUACCGAUUAGGAGAACAUUAUAAUUCUACCAUCCCAAUUGCAGACGAUGAAGAUAUAUGAAAAUCACUGCCAAUCGCUCUAAUUAGAAAAUUUAAUAAGAAUAUAUGACAAUUAUAUACUGUACUGACUGGAAAACGAUAACUAUUAAAAUCUGUCUCUAAUUUAUCAUUACCUACCAUAUACAAUAUGCAUGUAAACAAAUUUUAAAUGAUGUCUGAAGUAUACAACCAAUUUACUCAAAAAAACUCUGUUUAUUAGAAA